UUCGGCCGGAGGUGAGUGUGGAAUAAUGUAGGAGUUAAAUUUUUGUUGACACAGUUGAUAGUUGAGAAAAAUGGAAAAGAUUUUAAAUGGCUAUAACUUGGAUUAUUGCUGUAACCAUUAGUUAUACCUGUGAAGAAAGGUUAUGGCUAGCAUCCAUUUUAACUCGAUGAACUUUUUGAUUAAUUGGAUAACUUGAAUUAAGUUGAAUUAGUAACUAUUUUGAUUCAUUUGAGAUAUAUGAUAGAUUAUAUUAAAGCAUAUGUGUUCUGUUAUUCUUUUAUUUGAAACAUUAGUAUUUAUAGAUUAUUUUCUGAGAUGUUGUUUAUGUAUUCAUUUGUAAGUUAAAUAUUUGUGUAUUUAGGCAUCAGCUAACAAUGAAAUGAUCUAUUUUUCACUGAGGAACAGGACGGAAUUUUUUUUAAUGUUAACAGCUACGCACGAAACGUGAAAAUCGCAAUCAUUUUUAUUGAACAUACAGUGUGUCUAAUAAGUUCUGAUCUCUUUUAUGUUUUGCGCUUUUCUUACGUGUUUUUCGAUAGAAUGGGCUGAUAUUUACAGCAUACAUACUAGACAACUAAAUCUACUUUAUGCUAGAGUUUGAACCUUAUAGCUGUUGUAAUCAGAAAGAUACAAGUGAUGAAAUAUUCAAUAGGAAUUUUUUGAUUUUUUUGACAAACAGCACGGAUGAAACAAUUAUAAUUAUCUGAUCGAUCUCUCUUAACGAGUGAGAUUUUUCCUCUGUGUAUUACUUUUGCAUUCUGCCAUGUGUCCACGUGUAUAUUGACGGAGAAAAACUGUACUAUCUCUUUUUUUCUGGCGGUCGUAACGUGCAGAAACAACAAAAUUUGUGAACGAGUUACAUGACCAGCUAAAUUGUCUCUCCACGACUAAGUGAAUUGAUGCAUGGUUACCGCUUUCUCUUUUUAUUAUUUGAACAUUUUCAAUCAAGUUAUUGUGUUUUUUAAUUGAAGAAAAAUGUCUUAUUUACAUAUCUCGUAUGAUACAAAUUCGUCUGUGAUAAUUUACUCUUACAUCAUGCCAAGGAUUUCCGAGAAAGAGAAAGAAUUUAUAUCCAUUGUGUUAGGUUUAAAAAAUCUGAAUCCAUCAUGGCAAGCACCUCAAAUUUCUAGAUAUUUGCAAGAAUCAGAAAAUCCUCCCUCAUUGAAAAAACAUCAACUGCUGACGAAAGUUAGAAGAGUAUUAAAGAGAAAUACAAUCAAUGAUAAAUAAAGGUCUGGACGUCCUGUUACAGUGACAACAUCAGCUUUCCAAUGACAAGUUAAAUCAUUGAUAAGAUUAAAGAAAGGCGCUUCUAUUAGAAAUGUGGCAUCCAUUUUAAAUAAAAAAGGAAUCGAAUGUUGUCCACAAACGGUACAUAAUACGGUGCGAAGAUUAAAAUUGAAAUGGUUUAAAACAAAAAAAUCCCAAAGAUUAACCGAUAGUAAUAAAAUUAGAAGAGUCGCUUGUGCCAAACAUUACGAAAAAAAUUUGGGACUAAGAAGUCAGGAAAAUAUUGGGAAUGGGAUCGAGUUGUUAAUACAGAUUUUAGUGGUAAAUUUACUUUGGAAUCAUUUCGAAAAAAAAAGAACCACGGUAUUUGUGCUGAAGAGUGGGAAAUCAUACCACCACCUUUACUCAACGCAUCUACUGAUAAAUUUAAAAAAGGCAUAAUUUUUUGGGGUGCUAUUUCAUCUCGUGGACUUAUUCCAGCUGAAGGUCCAGUUAAUUUAACCAAGUGGUUACAUCAGCAACAACAACAAAAAAAGAAGGAUAGGAGAAAAUAUCUGACAAGUGAUUUGUAUGCCAAAUUUUUACAGCAAAAAUCUGCUCCUGCAAUAAAACUAAAAUUUAAAAAUACUAACUUGGUACCGAUUUUUCAAGAUGAUCAAGAUAAUAAACAUCGAACAAACAUUAUAAUGAAUACCGUCGAUACUUCAUUUGAUGAACGUAUUGAUCCUGAAGUUGGUGAUGCGAAAUUUGCUGAUGUUUGGCCAAUUGAAACAGUCUGGGGUGCCAUUAAGGAAAAAUUGAGAGAAGAAACAUUUGAAAAUGAAUUACAAUUAGAAAAACGAGUAGUGAAAGAAUGGAAAACGUUCACCGUAACGAAGUGCCAGCAAAUGAUGGAAAAAAUACCGAGUCAAUUGAAGCUGGUGAUAGAUCAAGAAGGAGAGCACAUAAAUGGACAUUAA